AUUAAUUCAACCCCAAUAAAAACUGCUGCUGCGAUUAAGUAUAGUCUUACUAACUCAUUGUCAUGUGUUCCCAUUCCCGAUGAUUGUCCACCACAUAUGCUUAAUUGGCAUGAGUUCGUCUCUCAAAUUGAGAAGUGCCAGGGGACUCUAAACGUAGCUAUCGUUGGAAAGUACACGCGAUUUCAGGAUUCUUACGCUUCUCUUAUCAAGGCUAUAGAGCAUGCAGCCGUACACAUCGGUUGGCGCGUGGCAAUCGACCUUCUUGAUUCUGAAGAGCUUGAAUCUUUACCUCCUCUCGUCAAUGGCUACCAGUCCUCCAAAUUGUCUGAUAAUGAGAAAGAUGGAUCGCUUUUGAACAUCAAAUCUAUGAGCAAUAAGUAUACUGAACCACUAGAUCCUGAUUCAUCUAAUCGCUUCUCUACUUCGACAGUAGCAGUUUCUGCAUGGCUUGCGCUACAAAAACGCCCAUUGGCCGUUAUCGUACCUGGAGGCUUUGGUCCACGGGGCGUCGAGGGUAAAAUACGCGCUGCUGAAUAUUGUCGAGAAAAUCGUAUUCCCUUCCUUGGAAUUUGUUUAGGGUUUCAAUCCGCUGUCAUUGAGUUUGCGCGCAAUGUUCUUGGCUGGAAGUUGUCCUUAUCGUCAACCAGAUUAUAUCCCCUGUAG